AUGGAAACCGCCAGAGAUUCCCAAGAAGGUCAGUUCAAAACCUCGUUGAACCCGGAACAGAUGGCCGAACAAGCAAGAGACCCAAAUGUACAAGGAAGUCAACGCCAAGAAGAAAUAUCAGAAGAAGAUUCCACAGGAGAAGCAGAACAACAAAUUGAAGAAGGAAUAAGAGAGAAGAUGGCCAAGAAUACCAACAAGAUGGACAAGAACACCAACAACGUGGCCAAGACGAAGAACAAAUGGAACUGGAAGUGAGAGGAAGGCAGAUCGGAUAUGGGAAAAUGGAGAGGACAGCAUAUCUUCCGAAGAGCGUGGCUAUAUACUACAAGUAUAAGGUUCCUGCAUUGUAUAACUUUAGGUCUUACGGAAGAAAGCGGGUUUUGCGCUCGGGUAUCAGAGGAUACAUAGCGUUAGUUGAAGGAAGCAUGGGUCUCGCGUACAUCCCAGCUUGGGAUGAAUUUGUCAUAGUAGGGCGUAAGACCGGACGGGGAUUCCUCCCGUUAGGGACGGAAAUCACCCUGCGGGAGGUAGUGGCCGUAGGCCUAGUAAAACAAGACAUGCGGUAUCCCGCUAUACGUCAAGGGGCAGUUAGGAUCAUGGUAGGGAAAAUUCCCACGGUAAAAAGAAUACUGGGUUGUGAAACCAAACUUCAGCGUUUUGGAAUUGGGUGAGGCCCCAAAAUGCAAAAUUAUGUAGGUAUGUGGCAUUUGUGAGCUUUCUCACAAGUGUCCACCUCCCCCGAGUGGGAGAGGCCGUAGUCCUGGCUAUUAGCCAGGGUGUCCCAAUGGUCGCAUAUGAGCGGCCAUACCAGCCGACUGUCUACCAUAAGAUAGAUAGCUGUGAAACAUUGAACGUAAAUUUUCUGGGCAAUGACCCAGACGGGACUGGAAAAUGGGAACCGUAAUCCGUAAGGCCAAGAACGCGAUCUGGCCACCAGAAGGAAGGCCAAAGAAGAGGAUGGCUCAGGAGAAUGGUCAAAUCUACUCAUCGCCACCUCGUGGAACGUGGCCCCAUACCAUCAGAUCUCACCGAAACCAUACCCUCAAGAACCUCCAGGUAAGUGAACUAUUUAUUACACCCAGUUUGAUAGUAGGUAGGUUGCUGCACAUAGUUGAGCUUUUGAGUUUGUUGGUUUUUUUCAGGUUCACUGGUUUAUUUUCUUAGCCUAUUCUUUUCUGUCUUUAGUGAAUUUAAUACGUAAAAAUCAAAAAAAAAUCCCCAAACAAAAAAAUUUUCCGUAAAUUUUACAUGAACUCGAAAUUUAAAAUCGUAAUAGAUGAUACGCUGCCCCCGCCUUCAUGACCGAGAAAGAGGCAAGCUAUAAGAGUGCCAUAUGUAGGUCCAUUUUUAGAAGAGGCCGACAGUUGGAAUCUCGAGUCGAGCACGGCUUCUGCCGGCUUGGUCAGAAUCAGCAGGUGAUCGUAAAAGCUAUCACCGAGCUCAAUGAGCAAGUUUUGAAAUUGCACCCCUUUUCGUAAAGGCCAACGGGUCCUAUCUUCGAGGAAACGAAGGCGGAAAAGCCUCCAAAAGAUCAGACGGCAGCCUGUUUGACGAGCUUCAUUCAAGUAUCAAACAAGCUCAUAUUCACAACAACAUAUUCCUUCAACGUCCGCCGCAAAGAGACUCGCAUUUCAAAGCCGUAAUCGUAGAUCAACAAUAUCGGUCUUGAUAGUAAGGGUCCGCCCACUCCUAGAUCGAGACCCGAGAGAGAGGGGAGAUGCGGCGGCGACCACGGGGGUCCUGGUGUCGAGUCGCUGUGGGCAAUUGUUCAGAGUGGCCAACCCAGGCAAGGUUGGCAAACUCGCUGUUGGCGACGAGGUCGCCGCGACCACUCUCUAUAAAAAGGAGCAGUGUCGCGGGGUUCCCAUUGAGGAAACUAUCCACGUCCAGCGAGUGACCUUUUCCGCCCCACGAAAAUUGGUGUGUGGAACCGUAACCUAUGUAGCCCCGUCGUACAUCGACGUGCGGCUCAAAGGGCAUGUGGUUGUGAGAGUGGACAACAACCAAGUCCACCCCGACACACUGGUUUUGAGCCAAGGUGACGCAGUGGCCCUCGGGAUAACCGAGGUAGCCGCUGAAAGCCAGUGGCGAUAUAAUUUAAAUAUAUAUGUUUCUAUGCGUGUGGAGUACACUGUUUAA